AUGGGGGCUUCUAAUUGGAGGAGAGACGCCCGCACUGUGUUGGCGCAGCAGGACUGGGCCCUGCUCAUCCUGAUCUUCGUCUGCGCAGUGGGCAUCGGCAUUUGUGAGUUCAAGGCCCCGGUGCAGCGGCCCGUGUUCCUGUAUGAUGCGACCAUCUCUUACGCGAACAAGCCCAACACCAUCGAAGACUAUUGGGCCCCCCUCAUCCCGGCGAUCGUGUUUGUUUUCAGCCUGGCCCUCGUCGAGUGCUACCUCUUCCGGAAGAGCAAGGUGGCCACCGCGGCCGCGUUUUUGCGCUUCUUCAUGGCCGGCUGGGCGGCGCUCAUGGUGGUGGGCUUCCUCACAGAGCUUUUCAAGAUUAUUUGCGGCCGCCUGCGGCCGGACUUCCUGGACCGCUGCAAGCCCGCGGUUGCCCCCGGCGAAGUCAGCGCGAUAUUUGAUGCUGUGGGCACGGGUGACACCUGGGGCACCAACCCCCGCGUCACCUGCACAGCGGAUGACGACAAGUUCCUGCGCGACGGCCGCGUGUCCUUCCCCUCGGGCCACUCGUCCACUGCGUACGUUGUUGGGUGGUUUGGCUGCUUCUACCUGAUCUGGGGCACCAGCGUGCGCUCAGACCACCAGAUGAGCCGGAGGCUCUACCGCCCGCACGACAGCGCGCUGCGCCGCGUGGGUAAGGAGCUGCUGUCGUGCCUGCUGCUGGUCCUGCAGCUCUUCCAGCUGAGCUACCCCUGGGGCGUCGGUGUGUCGCGCUUCCGCGACAACCGCCACAACGCCAGCGACAUUGUCGCGGGCUUCAUGCUGGGCGUCACGUUUGCGCCCGCCCUGCUGUGGCGUGCCAUUGGUCAGCACGACUACUGGCUCAACUACUACGGCAUCGACGAGUCGCAGCCCCCCAGCAACCAGGUGAUCCCGGCCGGCAGCAACGGCGAUGCGGGCGGCCUGACGUCUUUCCAGGAGGUGCCCCUUGCCGGGCCGUAG